CCACACUGCAGUGCUCGUUUCGCACGUCUCGAACAUGUCAAACGCCACGAACGCCUACACACUGGUGCCAAGCCUUUUACGUGCUCCAUCGAGGGUUGUGGACAAAUCUUCUCUCGCAGCGAUAACCUGCGUGCUCAUGAGCGAACGCAUGCCAAG